GAUAAGAAAAUUCAAUAUAGGAUUAAUAGCGCAGUUGGAGUGUAGGACCGUGUUCAUCAUAAAAAAAUUAUUUAUACGAUUGCCUACAAAAACUAAAAAAAAUUCGAAAAUGCAACGCGAAGACAAGCAACUGGAACUCGUGCUUGAAAAUUUCCAGAGUAAGUUAAACGAGUUCAAAGCUCAGAUAUACGCUCUUAUAUUCAAGUUAGAGCACGAACGAGACAAUGUCAAUUGGACGACAGUGCUUGACACAUUUGCAGUGUUCUCAACGCAAUACACUGCCAUCAUGAAGUAUCUCUCCUACGAGAAACUUCCACAGUUGCGUAACUACAGUGUACUACCUCUAAUGUUGAACCCUGAGCGCGAUGAGGAUCUCGCACGAAUCACCGAGAAUCGAGUGCCAGCCCUGUCCCACGAUAUUGUACCCGAUUUCUUGCGAACCAAAACUGAACCUGAAGUUGAACACAAACUCAUGCAGGUCGAGCACAAAGCAGGUGGCUUACAAUUUGAAACAGCACAAAAACAGCUGGCAGCAUUCAACAAGGUAGUUAAUCAUGUACUGGAUUUAGUGUCUAAAGCCAGAGAAGAAUGGGAAGUGGAAACUGGAGCUCGUGUUGGUAUCGGUCAAACUUCAUCAGUUGCGGACUUGCAUACACUUGUAUCGGCUGUAAGCAUGGGUAAAAAUUUAAAACCGAUGGUGCCACAAGUAUCUCCUGGUGGUAUGAUGGUACCACCGACUGGCAGACCAGUUACUCCUAGUAUGGGGCCAAAUACACCACCAAUGGGUAUGAUGCCCAAACCACCUCCUGGAAUGAAGACCAAUGUAAAGGCUGCAGGAGCACCUCAUCCAUAUAGAUAAAGUAAUUUCAUAAACACCAUAAACACCCAUGUUUUAUUCUUCUUGAUGUUAUAACUUAUAAGUUUAUAACAAACAUUUUUUCAUAUCUUUGAUAAUAAUAGAUACAUUUUUAAUAUAUAUUGAAAAUUAAUAUAAAUUAAUACAACAUUUAAUACAUACACUAUAAUAUUGUAUAAUAAAUGUAAAUGUAUUUUGAUGUACAUAAUAUUAAAAAAUAUAGUUCAUUUAUUUGUAAAAUAAAUAAAAUUAUUAUUUUAUCAAUUAAACUUAUUAUUCAACUCUGUAACAAAAACACCUAAUAAAGAAUUUUGUUAUUAACAGUAGAAAAUUAUUAUUUUAAAUAAAAAAUGUUUUAAAAUAUUCUAAAAACUAGUAUUAAUAUGUUAAAAAUCACUGAUAAUUAGAAAAAAAGAUAGUAAAUUAUUCAUUUUUUAUUUAUCUGUUAUAUAGUGGUUAUACUUCAGCUUAUUCUAUACGACUAUUGACUGUGUUUAUGUAUUUUCUAAAAAAAACUAAUACCUAAGUUAGGAAAUAUCUAGGAUAAAAAAAAAACUUUCUUAGGUAUUCUAAUUUUUCUUCGUGAUAUUGAGAAUAUUUUAUUGAUUCUUUCAAAUUACUUUAGACAAUUUAAAAUUAAUUCUGUACUAUAUUUUCAAGACUUUUGAUCAAGGAUAAACAUUAAAAAAAAUAGUUGUGUAUAAAAGUUGAAUAAAGAAAUAGUGGUAAGUUUAUUUUUUGAGACAUAACAAAAUAAUGAAAAUAAUUUGAGAAAAAUCAUUAAUAAAGAAAAAUAAAAUGAAAAACUGAUAGGUAGGUACCAAAUAAAAAAAAAUAAAACUUGAGAAAUAAUAUAUAUGAUAUACAUACCCACAAAAUUUACAUGAUAAGCACAACAACCUACCAUUUUUACCCGUGAAUAAAAUGAAAUUAACAUAAUAUUCAGCUGCAUGAUCUUUGUUAUGUUCAAAUUUAAUAAUCUGAUUAUUUUUGUAAUGUUGUGUAAUGUGUUGGUAAAAAUUCAUGAUAUAAUUUUUGAAAAAAUUGUACAUUCAUACACAAAAGUCAAUAUAUCUUAUAAAUUAUAAUAAAUAAAAAGUAUAAAAGAAAAUUUAUAGAAAAUUAUAUUUUAUUUUAAACAUACUAUGUAACAACUUUAAAUUUUCCUAUCAUGAGAUAUACAUAAAAUUUAAAAUACAUCAUUAAAUUACAAAUAAAUUAAUAUGCUUAAAUUUCAAAUCUAAGUCGGUAUAGUUUAACUUAAAUUGAUCGACUUUGAAACUUUUUAUAGUUCAUUUUUAUGCCUAAACAGAAAUUCAAUGAGAUUAACAAAAAUGCAACAAAAAAAUGUCUAUAGUUAAAUAAAGAACAUUUUAAUAUAAAUAUUAUAUACUAAUUUAGAAUUGAUACGCUUAGGUAUUGAUUAUUAACUAUAGAUUAUAGCUUAAAUAAACACUGUAAUUUAAUUUCUAUGGAUAUUACAUUUUAUUUGUGUACAAUUAUUAUGUUUAAAGAAAAGUUACAGUUUUUUAUAAGAAGAAGUUAAAGGUUGAAUGUAUAGUAAAUUUGAUGAAUAUAAAUGAAUACUUAUAUAUUUAGUGGCACUGUGAGGUUUCACUCAAUUUUGCUUCUACUCAUUAUCAUUUAUUAUAAAUUAUAAUUUACAAGAAAAAUACAAUGAAACAAUUUAAUUUUAAAAUAAUUGAAAUGGAAUUAUUUAACAUUUAUAAUAAUACAUACAU